AUGAAAUCGAUAGGAUCGCAUUCUUUCACUUUCGAGAGUUCAUCAUCACUUCUCAUUGUGCUGAUUUUAACGCUGCUCAUCAAUGAACAGUUAAAUGCGUUCCAAUUCUCAACUCAAUUUACCAAAAAUCAACUGGUGUGGAGUGAUGAUAGGCAUCAAUAUGUAAACAGUACACAGAAAGUUGGCUUUGUAACACUAUCGUUUUCAUCUACAAAGAAUACUUUGGCAUGGGAAAUUAUUUACCCAAAAGUAGCCGAUUCACAAGUGAUGAAUUCUUCCAACCUGAACACCACACUCACUUUUUCACAUUUCCGAUUAAUUCACAAUAAUAUUUUGAAUAGUAAUACCUCCAAACAAUUGUUGUUACCUUCUUCGGAUUUCUUCGAUUACAGAGCUAAGAGAAACGAUGAUGGAUUGGAUUUGAAUUAUGAGAAAAUGUUUUUUAAUUUGAAUGGAAAUCAAGUUUCUCUUGUCAGUGAUAGCAUUGAAAUCUCAGAAUUGUACAAGAAUAAGUAUUACAUGCAGUGGUUCACAUUGCAGCUGAAUAUUACUCAUCUUAGAAUGGAAUUGCCAUAUUUGGUGGUAUUAAACCAGACAUUCACUUUGGAUUAUUAUACAAAUCAAUUGCUCAACCAAAUCAAACAAUCCAAUUAUACCUAUUCAACAUUGAAACUAUUGAAUUCUUCCCUUUUAAUUUCAGAUGUCAAAACAUCAGAGCCAAUUACAAACAUUUGCUCUUCCUCUUCUCCAAUAAUACCAUUCGCUUGGAAUUCAUGGAAAUUAUGGGUUGUCGUUGCUUUCCUCCUACUCAUGCUCACACUUUUGGUCUUGACAGUUUGGCGUCCCUAUGUCGUUAUUCUCUUUACCAUUGUCAUUUUCAAUCUGUCAGGAAUUCUCACUCUCGAUCAGACACUCAGUGGAUUUGCAAGUAGUGGAACACUCGUGAUUGCAUUACUAUUUCCCAUUGUGAAAGCUGUCACUCAGAAUUCACUCGUUUUGAAAUUUUCAAAACUCUUAUUUGGUUCUCCAAUCAAAUUCAAAAACAUGGAAAAGAGUAAGGUUUUACAACACUUAUCCUUACUAGUUCCAACAUUGAGGAUUUGUUUGGUGUUUUCCUUGAUAAGUGCUUUUGUAAUCAACACACCAGUGGUUGUUUUAGGUUUACCAAUUGUAAUGGAAUGGGCUAGACAACAUAAGGUCUCACCUUCAAAGUUUUUAAUGACACUUUCUUUCAUUAUUUCUGGAAGUGGAUUUUUGACAUCGAUUGGAAAUUCUCCUAAUAUUGUGGCCAAUGAAUUGUAUACCAGUUAUGGUUAUAGAGCUUUAGAAUUUUACGAGUUUGUUUAUGUUGGAGGAAUUUUGUGUGUUGUGACGAUUGUCUAUCUCAUUACCUAUGGUUUGUGGAUUGUUCCAGAUGAGAUUAGGGGAGAAUCCAAAAAGUUGAAGAGAAUUAAUGUGAAUUUUGCUAAAAAGAUAAAGAAACUAAGAAACAAGACGAAAGAGAGAAUGGAAGAGUUUAUUGCAGUGGUGAGAAUGAAUCAAUUAUCAUCUCAGAAGCAUCAUACGAAACCUUAUAUGUUGUUUAUGAACAUGUUGGGGAGAAAUGAAGAAAAAAUUCUGAAAGUUUUAGAAUUGGAUAAUAUUGAAAUUGUGGAAGUUAUUAGAAAAUGUGAAAAGAAAGUAGAGGAAACCAAAACUCAAAAGAAAAUGGAAUCUAUUCAAAAUACCUCUCCUGCAAAUGCAGAAACUAUUUCCAUAGAAAUAGACAUGGCAAAAAUCGAAACUGACACAUCCGAAGAAACCAUACGAAUCAAACCAGUUCCAAAAGAUCUUGUCAUUGAAAAGGAUGAUAUUCUAAUGUUCAAAGGAAAUCCCAAAUCCAUCUUGAAACUCCAAUCAAUGGUAUUUGAGAUUGAGGAGUAUAAGGAGGUUAGUCUUAAACCAUAUGAAUAUCGAUUGUCAACAAUCAAUCCAUCAAUUCAAGAGUUUACCCAAAUGAGAGGUUCACAACUUUCCUUAAUAAGUCAAGAUUCAAAUGAGAAUAGUACAAUCUCAUCUGGUGGAGGAAGUGAUCAGAAUGAUAUCAUUACAAAAUUAUAUUCGAAUCUGAAGAGAAAUCAUCCAAAGAAGAAUGAAAGCUCCAAAGCAGAAACAUCCAAAGAGACAGUAGUAGAAGAAACAAGUCAAUUAGAAUAUUUUGAAGUUGUGAUUGGCAAUUCCAAUCCUUGUGUUGGUGAAACUUAUCAAAUUUUCGAAUUAAGAUAUCAAGUUACAGUACUAGCUAUUCGAAACAUGUUUUAUGAGGAAAAGGAAUCUGAAACUGCUGAAAACGAUCUGAGAACUUUCCAAGUCAACACAGGAGACACCAUUUUGGUCAUUGGAAAACCCAGAUUCUACACCAAUCAUCAUAAUUCCACUCGAGAAUUUUACAUGAUUUCCAGAUUUUCAGAAGUUUCUCCUACGGACAAUCAAUUUAUUCAAAGACCAUUCCAAUUCAGAAUUCCAUUCACUAAGAAGGUAUUUCGAUUAUGGUGGUGGGAAAAUUGGAUUUUCCUAUUCUUUGCAGCCAUGAUUGGUUGCGCCAUAUAUGGUUAUCCAAUGGUUCAGUGUAGUUUAGUCACUUUUUGUGUUAUCAUUUUGUUUGGAUUGAUUUCUCCAACAGAUGCAUUAGAAAGUGUUGAUUGGGGACUAGUAAUAUUGGUUGGAUCAUCCAUUGGCAUUGGAACUGCCAUCACUCAAAGUGGAAUAGGACAAGGAAUCACACAAGUUUUGAAAAUGGCAAAUGUUCCAAUCAUUUUACUUCCAGCAUUCAUAACUUUCAUCACUCUCAUCAUUGCACACAUUAUUACUGGAAGUGCUGUUGUUGCAAUUUGCAUUCCGAUUGCUGUGUCCAUAGCUCAAUCCUAUGGAUUAAAUGCUCGAUGUUUUGUAAUGUGUGUAAUUUAUGCAUCUCAAUCAGUUUUUGCAUUUCCUUUGGGAUUUUCGGGGAAUAUGUUGGUGAUGGGAGUUGGAAAUUACAAAUUUUUGGACUUUUUUAAAGUAGGUCUUCCCUUAACGAUCAUUUAUUGGAUUUUGAUUAGUGUGUUGGUUCCAGUGGUUUGGGGAUUGACUUUACCAAACUUUUGA